CCUCCACGUGUUUCUCCUGCCUGUCGUCCAUCGCUCGCCGAAUCAAUCGAUCAUUUUCGAAUCUCCUGGUCAUCGCACAUGUCCACCGUCGCCCCACCGCCGCCAGCAGCCUCCAGACUCACAUCCAGCAUCUAUGAGACCCACAUCAUCCGCCUCAAAACUCUUAUACGCCCAGGCGACGUGCUCAAAGUCGUCCUGCCAGCCUUCGUGGCCCCUGUGCAACGAUCGUCAGCAGCAGCUGAGGAAGAGAGAAUCAAGCAAUACGCGUUGGACGGGCAGAGAAUUGUGGCGGUAAUAUCGCACACUGAGCCGGAUGGGAAUGGGAAGGAAGAAGGCAGCGUCUUUGUGUUCGGGCUGAACCCCCAAUCCUCCGUGCUCCGGACCUACCCCAUAUACGGCGGAUUCUCGAUCUCGAUGGCGCAGGUAUCUCCCAAAGAGGGUUCUGGGAUGAGUUUGACGCUCAAGCAUGAGUCUGAGGUCCAGGUCAAGGGCGACGAGCCAAUGACGUUGUAUUGUGCUCCGGAUUCGCACUCGAUCGACAAGCUCAAAGAGAUGUUGGCUGAGUGCAGACGAUUAAAGGGCUCUUCUGAUGCUGAACCGCCGACCUCACCGCUGUCACCCUCAUCAGCCGCUGCAGCCCUCACAACAUUCUCCUGGCUUGCUCCAUACUCCUCGCCGCGCCCCACCCUUACUCCGUCCUCACCGUCCUUUCUUGCGGACUCAUCGACCAUCCCGCCUGAUCUCCGAACCAAGUCUCAACCACUGCCGGAGCGCCUCUCGAACGCUUCUGCAGGAGCUCCGGGGGACGACGCUGCAGACAUCUCCCUAAUUCGAGAGGACUGGAUGCGCCAGCGUCGGAGAGACCAGCGGGCGAGAAACGAGAAGAAGGAUCUGAGGAUCCGAAUGGGCACCUUUAAUGUCAAUGGCACUCUACCCUCGCAUGAUCUAGGACCAUGGUUCGGCGCAUCUGGAACCGUGCCCAGACUAGAAAACGACAACGACAACGUGGAUGCCGCAUCUACGGCAAAUUUGAAGUCAAGCCCAGUGCCUCGCAUACCCUCUUUGGAGGACGUGUCACCAUUUUCGGUUCCCCUGCCCGCCGAUGACGACGAGGAAGAAAAGAAUCCGUUCGACGAUCCAGUCUUCACAGACCCGGCGUCUCCUGUGGCUGACAUAUAUGUCCUCGGGUUUCAGGAGCUGGACCUUUCGGCUGAGGCUUUGUUGUACGCAUCUGGCAGUGCGAAGGAGGAAGCUUGGACAGCAGCAGUAUUUGCUGGGCUGGGAGCGCAGAGGGAUUCUUAUGUCAAGAUCGCAUCCAAACAACUGGUUGGCCUCCUCCUCUUUGUGAUAGUCCACCGCGACCUGGUCUCGUCUAUCGAUGACAUUCGGAGUGUGUCAGCUGGGGUCGGAAUUAUGGGCUUGAUGGGCAACAAAGGCGGAGUUGCUAUCCGACUGCGGUAUACACCGCCAUCAUCCCAGUCUUCUACAAUUUUGACAUUCGUCAACUCUCAUUUGGCCGCGUUCGACGAGAUGUUCGAGAAACGGAAUGCUGAUUAUCACGAGCUGUGCCGGAAGUUGGUGUUCAAUCUAAGUACCAGUUCGAGCGCUCCUGCCGCUGGAGGACAGCUACCCGAACUGGCUGUGACGUGUAAUGUAUUCGAGACGGAUGUUCUAUUUUGGAUGGGCGAUCUGAAUUACCGGAUCUCCGCUCCUGAUCCGGACGUUCGUACGAUCCUCGCCGCUUCCGAAUGGGACUCUUCGCGGUACGAGACCCUCCUCGGAUAUGACCAGCUUCGGCAAGCGAUGCGAGAUGGGAAAGCAUUCGUAGGGUUCACAGAAGCACCCCUUCGAUAUUUCCCCACCUAUCGCUUCAAUACUGGGCUCCUUCGAGACGAUCUUGGAUACGAUCUCAAGCGCCGGCCUGCCUGGUGCGAUCGAAUUCUAUACAUGUCGGACUUGGAGGUUACCACAGUGAAAUACCAGGCGUACCACACCGUCCAGGGUAGCGAUCAUCGACCUGUUGGCGGCGAAUACGUUGUUCGAGUUGAUAUACAGAGCGAAGAAGGAAACGCGCUGGAACUAAGCAACCUGCUUGACGGGCUGGGGGAAGCACGAGGGAGUUUGAAGGUGUCGGAUUCGGUCCUCGAUCUCGGACACAUUUCCCUGGGCUCGAAAAUCAUUCGUGAAGUCACCAUUGAGAAUACGAGCCCUGUCCCGUGUUCUUAUCGGCUCGUCCAGAUCGAUUCGGAUUCCGAUCCUCAUCCGGAAUGGCUUCAUGUCGAGCCGGCGGUGGCCGUGCUGCUCCCAUCAUCGUCGCUUACUUUGACCGUUUGCUGCUCCGUAUCGGCAGUGACUGCGGCCGAACUCAACAGGAGGCAUAUGUUCUCGCGCGAGAUCGAGUGCACGCUAAUUUUGCAUACUAUCCUGAGUGCUGGGAUGGGGAAGGAUCAUUUUGUUCGAGUGUGCGGCUACUGGGAGCCGACAUGCUUUGCUACACCGUUGACCACUCUAAUACUGCUCCCUGGAUCCAUCCGCUCUGUAAAAUCGGCGGCAGAUCUGUUCACUGCGGCCCGAGGAAUCAAUGCUCCUCGUGAAGUAAUGCGGUUGGUAAAUUGGAUGAUGGGGGCGGAGGUUGAACUGAGCAAACUAUUCACCGCUCCCGCUAACAUCACUGAGAUCCGGGAAUGUCUCGACACCGGCUCCGAAUUCCCGACUGACGUAUCAAGCCUUGCGAUCGCCGAAACACUUGUCCAGCUCAUUGCAGCACUGCCUCAGCCGCUCAUUCGCCCCGAGUUACAGCUGCAAUGGUUCGGUGUGGAUGGACUGGUAGUGGACCGGGACGAAGCGUUUGAGUUGUUGGACCAGAUGAGUCCUGUCGAGGUCAAUGUGUGGAUCUCAGUCACCGCGUUCCUGCAUUACGUUGCGCAGGGUUCUCAGACUCGCGUACAGGAAUUAGCCUCGAUUUUUACACCGGUAUUACUUGGGGACCCAAUAUUGGGCGUUUCUCCUGUCGCGCGGAGGAGGUUCCUGUUGUUGUUUAUCUCCGCGUAGACUGGGACGUUCGUCGAGGAUAAUUCGGUAUGCGAUUGUCAGAGGAUGACACGUCAUAGUGCUGCUAGGUACAAAGUAUAAAUCCAAGACGCCCAUGACGUUCCUCUGCUAUCACGGUCCGUUUGCGCCCUUCAUUGGCUGUGCCCGGAGCCCAUCAGGCCAUCACGAUACCCGGCCUGUCCCGUGAUCUGAUCUGGGACAUACAUUCACACUGUAGAGAGAAAGUGGGUCUACAGUCGAACAGGCGAAGACAUAGGGCUUUGAAUUUCAAAAGGUUCCUGCUUCUAGACGGCAGCCGCUAGGGUUUGGGAUCUGUCGGAUUGCAGAGGUCGUAUUCAAACGGAAAAGCUCCUAAAACCAUACCCUCAGCCGAAGACCCGUCUUUGAAGUGGCCUUUGAGGUCUAUUCACUCGUAAUAUCUUCGAAGAUCAUAGGUUAUGGCAGCGAGCCAACUAGCAUCCGACUCUGUGAGGCCAAGCGGAUGCCUAUUGGCGCCGGUAUAGUCAAUGUGCAUCACGGUCAUACACUUUCCUUGGUGUUCUAAUUUCUUAUGGCGGCUCAAUUGCAGUAAGCUUCUUGCGUUCUUCAGUUCAACAGACUCCGCCCGAGCUCUUGUGAUCGGAUCCCGAAAGAUCAGCUUGAGAUAAGAUAAGUUUAUUUAUUCUCUGUCACAUCACGACGCCUUCCAUCAACUCGUGACAAAAGACGAUCAUGCUUUUUCCCGACUAGGUACUUAUUGGCCUGAGAG